GCAAAAGAAAUCCUAAAGAAAUGUGCAGGUGUUCCCCUUGCGAUUAUGACGAUCGGGUGACUGCUAUUAUUCUCGAGAAAUGCCAAAGAAGAUUGGCCGAAAUUCAAGAAUAUUGAUCUAUGGAGAAUAAACCAAGAGGAAGCUUGUUUCCGAAAGACUAUGUGUUGGAGCCGCGUGAGCUUGUUCAUCUUUGGAUGGCACAGGGAUAUGUCAAUCCCUUAGGCAGUAAGAGAACAAUUGAAGAAGCUGGUCAAGAUCAUUUCAUGGAGCUGCUUUCGAGAGGCUUUUUCCAGGAUGUAGAAAAAGAAAUGUAUGGCAAUAUUGUAAGAUGCAAGAUGCAUUAUCUCAUGCAUGACCUUGCACAGUCUGUUGCCGGAAAUGAGUGCAUCACUAUUGAUAGGGCACAUGAGAUUAUGCCCCAAGGAGGAGCUCGUCAUGUAUCUAUAAUUGCUACUGAGGAUUAUGAGUGGAAUAGAUUUGAGAGAGACGGAACAAUAAGGUCCCUGCUUCUUAUUGUUGAAAAGAGGAUUGAGAUUGGGCAUUUGGAUAUUUCAUGUUUUAGAAAUCUACGGGCACUACGUCUUCAAGGUGUUGUCUGGGACGUGACAUUUGAUUCGAUCAGUGAACUGAAGCAUUUGAGGAGCCUCGAUCUCUCAAAGAAUGAUAAGUUAAUUUCUCUUCCGAAUUCCAUAAGCAGAUUGUGCAAUCUUGAGACGCUUAAUCUCAGAGAAUGUCUCAGUCUUCAAAAAUUACCAAGGGGCAUUACGAAGUUAGUCAAUCUAAGGCAGCUUGAUGUGAGUGGAUGUUCAAGGUUAACACAUAUGCCUAGAGGGAUUGGAAAGUUGACUGGUCUGCAAAUGUUAAGUACAUUUGUGGUGGGAGCGCAAUGGAACUCAGAUGCUGCAAGGUUCAACGAGUUGAGCAAGCUUACCGGAUUGAGAAACGAACUGGCCAUUCAGAACUUGGAAAGAUCAGCAAGUAUCUCGAGUGAGGAGGAUGCAUCCUGCUUUAUGGAGAAUUUUGCUCUUCAAUAUUUGGGCCUACAUUGGGUCUGGAAAGGAGAUACAGCCAAUGAAAGAGUGGAUUUAGAAAGAUUUCGACCCCAUCCAGAUCUGAGGGGAUUGAGGAUAGAAGGAUACAGUGGUGUGAGGUUUUCAUCCUGGGUUGCUCAGCUCGAUAAGCUAGUCGUGAUUGAAAUCAGUGAUUGUCCUCAAUGCAGGUAUUUACCUCCUCUAGAUGAUCUUCAUUCCUUGAAAAGAAUCUCUUUGGAGACGUUGAGGAAUCUAGAGUGGAUAGAAUUAUCAGAGAACAGUGAAAGACUGCAGUCUAAUUUCUUUCCAUCCUUGGAAGAAAUAGAGCUGAAGCAUUUGGAUGAAUUCAAGGGGUGGAGGACGGGCACUGGAACGGAAGGAGAAGAACAUAUUCAGGAUGAGGAUGAUUCUUCUUUUUUUAUGCUCCCAAUAUUCUCAGACAAGAUCAAGCUCUCCAUAGAUGAGUGCCCGAGAUUCUCUUACAUGCAUUGUCAGCGACUGCAACUGAGGGGAACCACGAACAAAAUUUUACAGCAGUUGUUGAGGGAUGUUGGGUGCCAUGCUACAGUUCCACUUUCCUCCCAAUUUACAAUGGCAGUGCCAACUCCAUUGAUGAUGAUGAUGAUGACCUCCAUAUCUUAUAUGUCUCUCUCGACACUCACCUCCAUCACCAUUGAAUCAGUGGGGGAUGCAAAGCACUUGCCGGUAGAAUUGUUUCAGUCCCUCCCCUCUCUUCAGUCUCUUGCAAUCAAGUGUUGGCCUUGCCUUAAAGAUGCCUCUGUGAGGACAAUUCUUCGAUGCCUAACCGCCCUCAAGACGCUGGAAAUUUCUGACUGCAGAGCGCUUGAUUUGUCUACUGAGGAUGGUGAUCAUAGUGAUGAUGAUGAUGAUGAUGAAGACUUGCACGCUCGGCGGCUGCAGGGCCAUAGCAAACUCCAGCUUGUUCACAUUCGAGGAAUUCACAAGAUGGAGUCUUUGCCCUGGUGGUUUCAGCACCUCUCCAACCUCCAAGAGUUACGGAUUUCGCUUUGUCUUGGGUUAAAGUCUCUGCCUGGUGGAGUUAUUCUUCGGCUACUUAAGACCGUGAGGUCCUUGGAGCUUCAUUCCUGUCCAGAGCUUGACCUCGCAGGGCAGGAGCCAGAAGAUCAAGAAGACAUGCCAAAUUUGCUAUCUUACAGACCAACUGAACUCCAAAAGUUGGUCUUUUCAGAUAUCAGGAAAAUGACGACUGUGCCCUGGUGGAUUCAGCACCUCAAUAACCUUGAACAAUUAACACUGGCUGCCUGCCGCAAUCUGAAGGCUUUGCCUUAUUGGUUUCCCCAGCUCACAUCACUCAAGUACCUUAGAGUUGAAGAUUGUGGAGAGCUGUCAAGAAGGUUGAAAUCAAAUAUCGGAGAGGACUGGCCUAAGAUUUCUCAGAUCCAGAGUGUAUCUACAGAAUGAAAUGGAACCUCAGUAGCUCCAAUUCCAGAGCACAGAGGAUAAUAAAACAGGACGAGUUGAGAACUGUCGGAUUGAAAAGCCUGUUAACUAAAUAAUCAUGAAAGAUGUGAGUCCGCCAAUCCAUUCCAGACCUCAAUUGCAGAUGAUAUGAAGGGCCUCCUCUGCUUCCUCUUACAGAAUUUGCAUCAAGCUCUCAGAAAUGUUGUAUGUUGAUAACCGAGGUUCAGCUUUUCCAAACGUGGAUAGUGCAUUGAGGAAUUGAUUGAUUAUGAUGAUGCUUGUUCUUAAUCCAGUCCAGUUGAUAUUAUUCUACCUGGAGCUCACAGAUUCAUCUUCCAAGUCGAGCUUCUGAAGCGCAAGAGGUGCUGAUUUCUUGCAUGAAGUCCGGAGCUUCAGCCUGCAUGAAGAGCGGUGGAUGACUUGUAUAUUAAUCAGUAUUUUCAGGUUUCAACAGAUUAAUCACAUUCUUAAGUAACCAGCUGAGAUACUUGAAAUUGCCAAGUGGAGAUGUUUUGAUCAGUCAUAGUGAUCAAUGGAGGGCUCUACCACCAUUUUUCCUUGUUGAGUUUGAGCAAGUUGGAGUGCAUAGAUAUUAUCGGAGAGUGGAGAGAGUCAAGCGCUGCAAUCUUUCUUUCCAUCCUUUGAAGUAAUGCUAAAGUUGAAGGUGACUGAUGGCAGUGUCAACUCCGUCGAUGCUGAUGACGGUCUCAAUUAUUUCUACUACUACAUCUGAUUCGAGACCGAUGUUGAAUGCUAGCUGGAGACAUUUUCUUGGUGAAAUAUUUUACAGGUUUGGUAAAUUAAUAUUGGACUCUGUGGAUCUAUGGAUUCCGAGAAAACAUCUUCUGGCUGAGGUUUCUGCAAUGUCCAUCCUCAAACUUGCAGUGCGAAUUCUGAGGCACACGAUUAUGAUGUGGAAUAUUUGAAACAGGCAAUUGUAGGAUAGAUCCGCCAACAGUGUUGACUUGGUUUGACAGAUCGAAUUCAGUGCCUUCACCCU